UAACGACGGUGGGUCAGCUGACAGCUAUCCGAAGGACCUGGAGGAAGGAGCAGAAUUAGCGGGUGUGUGUGUGUGAGUGAGAGAGUGAACUGGGACCCUGACGGAAGCCGCACCGACGACAGAGCGGGGAACCGUCGGGUUGAGUUACUAGUGUGAAAGGCGAGGUUUGAUUUCACCAUGGCCUGUUGGGACUGAAAAACAGCCACGAUGAUAGGAGGAUUGUUUAUCUACAACCACAAGGGGGAGGUCCUCAUCUCCCGCGUCUACCGAGAUGACAUAGGACGUAAUGCAGUGGACGCCUUCCGCGUGAACGUGAUUCAUGCUCGGCAGCAGGUCCGAUCGCCCGUGACCAAUAUCGCCCGCACCAGUUUUUUCCACGUCAAGCGUUCCAACAUCUGGUUGGCAGCAGUCACCAAGCAGAAUGUCAACGCAGCGAUGGUGUUCGAGUUUCUCUACAAGAUGUGUGAUGUCAUGACGGCCUACUUUGGCAAGAUCAGCGAGGAGAACAUCAAGAACAACUUUGUGCUCAUCUACGAGCUGCUGGACGAGAUCCUGGACUUUGGUUACCCUCAGAACUCAGAGACUGGAGCUCUGAAGACCUUCAUCACCCAGCAGGGCAUCAAGGGACAGCACCAGACAAAAGAGGAGCAGUCUCAGAUCACCAGCCAGGUGACGGGGCAGAUCGGCUGGCGACGCGAGGGCAUCAAGUAUCGCCGCAAUGAGCUUUUCUUAGAUGUGCUGGAGAGCGUCAACCUGCUCAUGUCACCACAAGGUCAGGUCCUGAGUGCCCACGUGUCGGGCCGCGUAGUCAUGAAGAGCUACCUGAGUGGAAUGCCCGAGUGUAAGUUCGGGAUGAAUGACAAGAUCGUCAUCGACAAACAGGGCAAAGGCGGAGCAUCUGACGAUGCAGGAAAGAGUGAUUUAGGGGGAGGAAGUGGAAAGCAGUCAAUUGCCAUCGACGACUGCACCUUCCAUCAGUGUGUGCGUCUUAGCAAGUUCGACUCUGAGCGCAGCAUCAGCUUCAUCCCGCCUGACGGGGAGUACGAGCUCAUGAGGUAUCGCACCACUAAAGACAUCAUCCUGCCAUUCAGGGUAAUCCCUCUGGUCCGGGAGGUGGGUCGCACUAAACUGGAGGUCAAAGUGGUCAUCAAGUCCAACUUCAAACCCUCCCUGCUGGCUCAGAAGAUCGAGGUGCGCAUCCCAACACCCCUCAACACCAGUGGAGUGCAGGUGAUCUGUAUGAAGGGAAAGGCUAAAUACAAGGCCAGUGAGAACGCCAUCGUGUGGAAGAUCAAACGCAUGGCUGGGAUGAAAGAGUCUCAAAUCAGCGCUGAGAUCGAGCUCCUGCCCACCAACGAUAAGAAGAAAUGGGCUAGGCCUCCGAUCUCUAUGAACUUUGAGGUUCCCUUCGCACCCUCUGGUCUGAAGGUGCGUUACUUGAAGGUGUUUGAGUCCAAGCUGAACUACAGUGACCACGACGUCAUCAAAUGGGUGCGAUACAUCGGCCGCUCGGGCAUCUACGAAACACGCUGCUGAAGUUCACUGGGCGACAUGGCGGCGCUGACCACUUUUCAUCCCAUCUACCUGUUAAAGAUUUUUUUUCUUUGUCCUAUUCCUACUUUGUCUUUCUCGUCCUUCCUCCUAUCCCCCGUAGCUCCUCUCACCUCCCCUUCUCAACUAUGUGUUGGAGAUUGAAAUUACAUCCUGUAUGAAAAAAAAUAUGGUUAAAUGCACAGAUAUAUGCAAAAUGUGAAUCAUUGUAUCGUAUAUAUCUCGUAGUGAUAAGUAAAAACUUGUAAACCACAGAAAGAAAAAGACAAGUGAUUUUAGGGGAGCCAGGGGGAGAGAUGUGGAGACACCUGCUGGUGUCUUUGAGGGUUGCUCUGUUGUCUUAAUUCAGUGUUACCGUUCCACUCUGCAGUUCCUGUAGAAGUCCCACUUAUUGUACAAGAAUCCCUGCUAAGAUGAUGUGUAGCUGUUGUGGUUUAUAAUGAAUCCUGGUGUAGUUCCUGUAAAUGAGCUCCUGUCUCAGUAAAGUCUAACCUUCAAUUUGAGCCGCAUCGUUGUCCUGAUUCGUGUCACACACUGGCUUGGUAUUCAACCUCCGUUUUAUUUUUCCUGAAGUGGUUGACAUUUGGAUCUGUAGUUGGGGGAAAAACAAAGAGGGAGAAUUCACAAUGACUGGUUUGUCUGUAUGCUUUUUAGAAAUCUGUGCAGUCUGUACUCUUGCAUCUCCAGGCAGUCAGAGAAUACGAAUCAAAUCCAGAGGAGCAUUCCAGACAGUUUGAAAGUUUUACCGUUGUCCAGUUUUAAAGUGCUGUGGCUCCCGGUAAACAUUCUACCUGUCCCUUUAAGCACUAAUAUUACUUUUGUCACACUUUUAAUUCGAAGGCCAGGCCCUUGGAGUGUUUGUGUGUGUGUGCGUAUGUGUGCGUUAGCAGUGAGGUGAGGUCUCCCCCUGGUGUUUGCCUCCACACUAUCUGCUUCUUCAUGUUUGUAGCCCUGGUGACUAUUCUAUCCAAUAAAUCUGAAUAUGUAACCAAA